AAUGACAGCUCUAUGCCCCGGACAACAUCUGGCAGCACCGGCAGGCGCUGUCCCUCAGAAUCCAAGCCCAGUGGGCUGGAGUGGGGUUUCAGAGCCUCCCACCUGCCUCCACCCUGGGGAGGAGCCAGGUCUCAGGCACAGCCCUGAGCUGAGCUGUCAGAGGCCCGGCCUGCGCCACACAGACAGCGAGCUGCUGCCCGAAGCCUGAGGCUGAGACCCUGGGCCCAGGAGGUUUUGUCUGGGUUGUGCAGGGAGGGGUCAGCCGGCUCUGGCAGGGGAGAGCUCCUCCUGCAGGACCAGGCCCUGUUACCUCUCUCCCCCGUGCAGAGAACACGGCCACAUGGCCAGGGGCACCACUACGUUGUAUUCUUGGGGAAUGGUGCCCCCCCUGGAGUUGCACAAUGGGACAGCCCUGACCCAUCGUGCCCUGGAAGAGGAGCUCCCAGCAGAAAGGCUGGCCAGGAGUGGUUUCUCAGGAAGGACUUGUGAGCAGCCAGGGUGAGCUGAGCAGAGGAGCAAGGAACCUGCCUGGCUUCUCCCUGGGGCUGGGAGGGCGAGAAGGAGACAGAGGAACACACCGGCUGCGGGCAGCGUGAGACGGGAUUUCCUUCCACGGGGACAAUUCCAACUCCACAGCGUGGACUCCUAGACUCCAGGGCCCAAGGGCUGUUCUGUGUCCUCAGCGCUCCAUGUCCGAGGCUCAAGAUGUCACCGUUAGUGUUUCCCUCCCUGGCUGAAGGCUUCCCUCCCUCCCUACCCUGGUUACAAUGUCAGUCCCUUUGGGACCGGAACAAACCUGAGGCUACUUCUCACUCUGGCUCUGCAACGGGAUGAGCGCUUGCAGGUACUGGGAGCUGAGGGGAAGGACCACCAAGGGGUCGGGGCACUUGACAUUGAGGGUCUGGACCCUGGCACCAUGUUCCGGGCAGGGACCCCAGUGGGGAGGAAGCCGCAAAGGUCUGCAGGACCCUCUCCUCCCCAUCCUUCCAGCUAGGUGCCUGUCUCGGCCUGAACUGCUGUGCUGGCUUCCUCAGUCUCACCCAGUCCCAGGCUGGUCCCAAGAGGGGUUUUCUAAAAUGCCAGUUUCUCUGCCCACUUCUCACUCUCCCUCCCCCAUGCUCCCUCCAGACUCUAGGCUCCAGCUGGCCCCCACCCUGCCCUCCGCCCCCACAAGCCAUUCCCUGAAUGCAUUCCACCUGCUUACACGCCUCUCUGUUCCUCCUGUUCCCUCUGCCUGGAGUACCUGUCUGCCUCUGGCCCUGCCCAUCCCCUCACUCCAACGCAGUCUAUUAAAAACGUUCUCACGUCUAGUCCACACACACACAAAACAUCCAUACAUUCUUUGCCCAACCCCAGGGUGCAGGCCAGCCCCAAGCCAGCAACUCCCAUCCACUCCCACGGCUGAGCAGAGUCAGCCACGGGCUCCCACCGUCUACACACUUCAGGCCGAGGCAGACCCCUCCCCAUGACCCCAACUGAGGGGGACGCUUACCAAGCCUUCCAGGUUCCCCUGUCAAAGCCCCUCUACCCAAAACUACCUGGGGGAGGGGGCAGGAAGCUCCACGCCCUCUCCCCUUCCUGCUGGGAAAACACAACAGGGAUUUGUCCAAAGAAACACUCACAAAAUCCUUUUAUAUCCACCUCCUAGAGCCAUUAGAAUCAGCAAUCCAGCUCUUAGUAUUUCCUUUGCAGAUCUGCCCCUCAUUUUCCAAUUUUUAUGCAUAUGGUAUCUUGAUACCUCAAUAGAAACUUCCAUUUUAUUGGCCUAUUACACUUCUGUAUUUUUUUAAGACUGACUCGAACCACCUCCCUUCCUCAGAAACCCUGCCCAAGCUCCCCAGCUGGACUUUGUUGCUCCUUCCACUGAACUCCUCGCUGAAGGAGAGGGGUGGAUGGAUGCUGACCUGCUUUGUGCAGGAGGUGCCCGUGCUGGGUGGCCAUGUGUCCUCCCGCUGGGCUGGGAGCCAUUGUCCACAUGCUGGUGUCUCAGGGCCUCGCAGAGCCAGGGGCACCAGCGGUGCUCGCCUCCUGAGAGAGUGAAAACACGGCUACAGCCUCAGUCUCGGGGGAUCUCUGAGAAGAUUUCCUGGAUAAAUGAGGCCUCAUCCUUGAAUGCCAAACACCUGCCCAAAACGUGCCACCAUUUUGAAUGACACUCUUCCUGCCAGGACUUUGUAAUCCAUGCCUUCUCCAGAGAAAAUCUGCCAUGGUCACACUGCAAUCUUCCCUCAGUGACUCCAUCAUCAAAACGCAUUUGAAUCCUCAGCUGCUGUCCAAGGAUGAGCUUGGAGGGAGUGGAUGAACCCUGUUUUAUAGGUCUGUUCACCCCAAUUUGGGCUGUCCUUUGUGUCGUCCUUUCUGCUUUUCUGGAUUUAACGACGUCUCGCGUGCCACUGGCAUCAGCAGCCAUGCCUCCCCGUGCCCUGCACAGCCCUGCCCGCCUCCGGCAGCCUCGCUCCCACUGCUCAGUUGUUGUCUCUAAUUUGUUGGGAGCUGGAGCACAAAUACUAAAGCAGAAAUAGACAGGAUCUGAGUAGGGGGCUCAGGGCUCCCUGAGACGUCAGUGGGCACAGGCUUUACCAUAUCUGUUCUGGCUGUUUCAAAGCCUCUUUUGCUCCCUUCCUGGCCCUCUCUGUGCUCUGGAUUGCUAACUUGCCUGGUUGGCUAACAGAUGGGUAUCAGACGCAGGGAGGAGUGGCUGAGGUGAGCCCAAACCUGCUGGCUUAGGGUUAGGCAAGCUGCAGGGGUUGGCUCAGCCUGGGCAGUUGUGAGGAUGGGGUGGGUCAGGGCCUGUGGGCUCUGCAGGUGGGGGCAGGAGGAAGUGCAAGACCAGGUUGUCUCCCACUACACUCAGCCUCCCUUCUCUGGAAGAGUGGUUGGGCCAGGGCCCUUGCCGUGGUACCCACUGCGGCCUGAGCUCAGACCUUUCCCUCUCUCCUAGCCUCACUGCCGCACCUCCACGCAGCUCCCCCAGGAGAAUGAGGGGCCUGUCAUCUCAGGCGCCUGGUCCUUCCCAUUUUCCUGAUGUUGCCGAUGCCAGUCUCACUUCCCUUGCCCCUCUUGGUGACCUGAGAAGCUCUCACUCACCUUUAAAUAUGAGUGGGAAGGGCCCUUCCUCUGUGAGGACAGUGGGCUACAUCUCUGCCCUUCCAGCCUCUAACACUAAUGGGCACUGACCCAGCUGGGGGCUACCCUGGCCUUCCUCCCAGCACCAUGCCCCCUCCUCAGGCUCAGCACAGCCUGUGCCUGAUGUUCUGGGCCAGGGCACCAGGGGGCCGGAGGAGAGGAGGCCCAGGGCCAAAUUUCACUUCCCUUUCCCCAAAAGGGGAGGGAAGAGGGCCUGGCUCCCACACCCAGGCCUGGGAUCCUCAUAGGAUGCUGGGGACAGGGCAGUGAGCAGGGCCCGCUUGCCUGCUGCUCCAGCCUGGGCCCCGGCCUGUGAGUGCAGUGGGAUGGAGAGCAGAUACUCGCAAGACUGAAAUGUCCCAGCUUCAGCCACUUCAGAAGGACGGUGAGAGUGGACGCGUCUGUAGGCCUGGCGUUUGGGCCCCUUGGCCGGAUGGUGGUCAGUGUCUGUUUCUCUGUGUUGACCCCAAGAGCAUACAGUCACUCAUAGUUUGCAGAGGGUCCCAGGAGCACAUCCCGACUCAUCCCAACCUCAGUGACACGGUGUGGGGGCCAAACACCCAGGCUCAGAGUUACUUAGCAUCCCGCCCGCGGUCACUCUGCAGUUCAGUGAGACGAGCAGCUGGGACUAGAAAGCAGGCUGCCUGGUCCUGGGGCAGAUGCUCUUGCCUGGACCCAGGGCACUCUGCAUCCUUUACAGGAGCGUCCAUUUGUCACAGCACAGAGCAGGAGCGUGGACUCAGAGGAUGUGAAUUCUGGCCGUGCUCUGUGGCUUGGAGAAAACCAUGCCUCCUCCCAGGUCUCGGUUUUCUAUGCUGUAAAAAAGGGGAAUGAGCCCUGGGUGAACUGGAGGAAGGGAACGGAGCCAGGAGCACCUCAAAGUCCAGCCUGGUGGCGACUGACUAACAGACGAGCACAGAGCCAGCAGCAAUGGGGCCGGGAGCUUCGGGAAAUGGGGUCAGGACGGAGACAGCGCUGGGUUCUGGAGUCAGCCUUCACGCCUACGACAUCGGGGUCCUGGUCGUCUACUUUGUCUUUGUCAUCGCUGUGGGGCUCUGGUCGUCCUACCGUGCGAGCCGAGGGACCAUUGGCGGCUAUUUCCUGGCAGGGAGAUCCAUGAGCUGGUGGCCAAUCGGAGCCUCUCUGAUGUCCAGCAAUGUGGGCAGCGGCUUGUUCAUCGGCCUGGCUGGGACAGGGGCUGCCGGAGGCCUUGCUGUGGGUGGCUUCGAGUGGAACGCAACCUGGCUGCUUCUGGCCCUCGGCUGGAUCUUCGUCCCUGUGUACAUCGCAGCCGGUGUGGUCACAAUGCCACAGUACCUGAAGAAGCGAUUUGGGGGCCAGAGGAUCCAGGUGUACAUGUCUGUCUUGUCUCUCAUCCUCUACAUCUUCACUAAGAUUUCAACUGACAUCUUCUCUGGAGCCAUCUUCAUCCAGAUGGCCUUGGGUUGGAACCUUUACCUCUCCACGGUGAUCCUGCUGGUGGUGACGGCCAUCUACACCAUCACAGGGGGCCUCACGGCCGUGAUCUACACAGACGCUCUACAGACGGUGAUCAUGGUGGGGGGAGCCCUGGUCCUCAUGUUUCUGGGCUUUCAGGAGGUGGGCUGGUACCCAGGCCUGGAGCAGCGGUACAUGCAGGCCAUCCCUAAUGCCACAGUCCCCAACACCACCUGUCACCUCCCCCGGCCCGAUGCCUUCCACAUGCUCCGGGACCCUGUGAGCGGGGACAUCCCUUGGCCAGGCCUCAUUUUUGGGCUCACGGUGCUGGCCACCUGGUGCUGGUGCACGGACCAGGUCAUUGUGCAGAGGUCUCUCUCCGCCAAGAGUCUGUCCCAUGCCAAGGGAGGCUCCGUGCUGGGGGGCUACCUGAAGAUCCUGCCCAUGUUCUUCAUUAUCAUGCCUGGCAUGAUCAGCCGGGCCCUGUACCCAGAUGAAGUGGGCUGUGUGGACCCUGAUGUCUGCCAAAGAGUCUGCGGGGUCCCAGUGGGAUGUUCCAACAUCGCCUACCCCAAGCUGGUCAUGGGUCUCAUGCCCGUUGGUCUGCGGGGCCUGAUGGUCGCUGUGAUCAUGGCCGCCCUCAUGAGCUCACUCACCUCUGUCUUCAACAGCAGCAGCACCCUGUUCACCAUCGACGUGUGGCAGCGCUUCCGCAGGAAGGCAACAGAGCAGGAGCUGAUGGUGGUGGGCAGAGUGUUUGUGGUGUUCCUGGUCAUCAUCAGCAUCCUCUGGAUCCCCAUCAUCCAGAGCUCCAACAGCGGGCAGCUCUUCGACUACAUCCAGUCUGUCACCAGUUACCUGGCCCCGCCCAUCACCGCCCUCUUCCUGCUGGCCAUCUUCUGCAAGAGGGUCACAGAGCCUGGGGCCUUCUGGGGCCUGCUGUUUGGCCUGGCAGUGGGGCUUCUGCGCAUGAUCCUGGAGUUCGUGUACCCAGCCCCAGCCUGCGGGGAGGUGGGCCGCAGGCCGGCCGUGCUGAAGGACUUGCACUACCUGUACUUUGCGCUCCUCCUCUGCGGGCUCACUGCCGCCGUCAUCGUCACCGUCAGCCUCUGCACAGCCCCCAUCCCUGAGGAAAAGCUCGCUCGCCUGACGUGGUGGACACGGAACUGCCCCCUCUCUGGGCUGGAGAAGGAGUCCCAUGAGGGCACACCAGAGGCAUCAGAGGUGCCAUCCGGGGAGUGCUCUGCAGGAGGCGGAGGGGCAGAGGACUCCAGCCAGGACUGCGAGCAGCCUGGAGAUCCCCGCAGGUCCUGGGGAAAGCUGCUCUGGGGCUGGUUCUGUGGGCUCUCCGGGGCCCCGGAGCAAGCCCGGAGCCCAGCGGAGACGGCCGCGCAGGAGCAGAAGCUGACCAGCACCGAGGAGGAGCCGCUCUGGAGAAGCGUCUGCAACGUCAACGCCAUCCUCCUGCUGGCCAUCAAUGUCUUCCUCUGGGGCUACUUUGCAUGAGUCCACAGAUCUGGCUUCAGCUGACACACGUCCAACACACCCCGGGCUCAGCCACAGCGGCAGGCUUUCCUCUCACCUUUCUGUCCAAACUAGAGACUACAGAGGCUGAAGCUGCAAGAGCCCCUGCAGAGCAUCUAAUCCAGGCUCCACCCUGGACAACUGGAGAAGUGGAGGCCCAGAGAGAGCACUGGCUCUACUCAGGGCCACACAGCAGGACUCGCACUGGGUCUCCUGACGCCAGCUCUCUUUCCAUUACAUUGCCUUACAUUCCUACCUCAAAAACACUCCUUCUACCCUCUUGGUAUGUCUACUCAAAAACUUUUACUACUUGUGUGUUUUGAGGUUACAAAAGUGGAGGAUACAAGGAAAGUUGUGGCAAGAAUGUUGCAAAGGUCCACAUGUACCUUGGCUCACCCCAUCCCUGCCUUUCCGCUUCUCCUUCCUCCCUCUCUAGUUCCCAGUCCUUGGCCCCCUAUUCCCGGCAGGGCUCCACCCAGGGGGGGCCUUAUACUUCCACAGGCAGCUCCACAAUCGUGGCUGUCAGACCCAAAGGAGGGAGGGACCCGGGUGGCAUGCAAACAUGGUGACAGGUGGUGUUUGGGACAGGGAGUUCUGGGCUGAGAGACUCUCCUUGGUGCUACUCAAAUUCUGCCUUUUCCACUCUCAUAUGUGAAUGUGUACAGUCUCCGUGGCCUUGAGGAACUUAGAGUCCAGCUGGAGAGACAGCACUUGUUGAAAACAAGAGGACUCGAGUUAGGCUGCUCUGUGCGGAAGGGUAAGCCCUGCAGAGGGGCAGCACGGAGAGCCUUGGAGCCACUGCACUGGGCUGUGCCCUUUGCCCGCCAGGCAUCCUCCCACCCUGGAAAACACCAUGGCCCUGCUUAGGUGUCCUUCCUCCAGGAAGCUGCCUGAUGCCACCACUGGGCCAAGGUCCCACUCCUGCUCCCACACCCUCUGGACCUGCUUCUGUGGCAGCACUGAUCCCUGUACUGUGAUCUUUGUCUCCCCAACUAGAUUGAGUCCUCCAAGGGGCAAGGACCAAGGACCAUGCCCCUUGUGACUUUGUACCCAUAAAGUAACAGGUGUUCAAUAAAUGUUGAAUUAGUAA